AUGAUGGGCAUUGCGUCAGGCAUCGCCGCACUCGGACUGGCCAUCGUGGGUGAGUCACAGACGGAGGGGUCACUGGGGGGAUGUGUUGUGUGUCGUUCUCUCUGCCUUCCGUCUUUUGAAGGUGCGACGUCGUCUCCCUUCUGCCAACUGGUCUACUCUGCGUGUGUGGCUGCAUUUGUGGCCGCUUUGGCUUUUGCACUUCUCGCCAAGGAGCAGGCGACGUCGAAUCUCUACUUCUUCAUCAGUGGUAGGUAGGCACCUCACCUCACCCCCCAAUCGACCAACACCGGCUCGCAUAGCCAGCCAUUGGUGUGUCCAUCCAUCCCUGCCCUACUCACGUCAUCUGCUCAUCAGUUUGCUUGUAUGUCCAAAUCCCCGGGGCGAUCGACUUCUGGUACACGGCGGACCCCGCAUGUGUGCCGAACGGGCCUAACUUCGGUUUCACCUACUACCAGACAGUCUCGCGGCUGGUCGGCAGCCUGGCAAUGGGGCUGGGUUUGGUUAUAUUCCACACAGUGGUCACAAAGUGGCGGUUUCGGAAAGCCUUCUGGAUGAUGACGAUUGUGCGGAUUGUGGCGUCGUGUGUGGACCUGCUGAUCAUAGAGCGGGUCAAUAUCAAGAUGGGGGUCCCUGACAAGGCGGCGUUCGUGCUGUAAGUGGGCAUGAGAAAGAGAGAGGGAAGGACAGAGGGAGGAGACAUAGUGGGGUCUGCCUGUGUGUGUGUGUGUGGUGUGGGGCUGUUGUGUUGCAGUGGUGAUGCCAUGAUUCUCAACUUGGCGAGUAUGCUGGACAUCAUGCCCGGCAUCCUCAUGCUGUCGAGGCUGACAUCGCCUUCAGUGUAUGUGUGCAGCCACAUACCCACAACACAACACCCAUACCCGCACCAGAAUCAUAUGUGUGUGUGUGUCUCUCUCUCUCUCUCUCUGUGUGUGUGUGUGUGUGUGUCUCAGCGCCACCUCAUCGUACGCGGUGCUUCAGAGCUUCAUGAAUUUCGGCCAGAACGCCUCCCUCGCCCUCGGUGUGUGGCUGAUUGAGGUGCUGGGCAUCAAGACCGGCAGCGACGGGUCGGGUGAAUGCGAUUUCCGCAACCUGACCUAUCUCGUGCUGGUGGCCCACAUCAUCCUGCCGGCCAUGUGCAUACCGCUAACCUUUCUGCUGAUACCCGAUAUGCCCAUCAUGCCGCCUUCGAGCGGUGGUGGCGGUGAUGGUGACGAGUCUGGCGGCUCGCCCCAGCCCCCCCAGCCCCCUGCAGCAGCUGUCGUGAGCGGCUCGAUGGAGCCCAUUAUCUGA